GCGGCUUCUCAUGAUCGCCACCAGAUCGAGCGAAAACAGUUUAUAAACAGUUUGCAUUCCGCAGUCGUGCAGUUCAGUUUUGUGGUGUACGUCGCCAGAGUAGUUGAUCUCUACUCGCGUUAAAAACAAUUAAAAUUGCAAAAGCAAAUCUCAAACAACAGCUCGCGCAAUAAACGAACAAAAAAUCGAAAAUCUACGGUUUAAAGUGGAACUAAAAAUUUAUUGAGUGCCAAGAAGAAAAUCGCCGAAAAAUGCACUCUCAUUAUGCCCUAUUAGCCACACUGGCCUUGUGUGCGGUCGGCGCACUAGCGGACCAGAAAAGUGCCACUAUGGAAGCUAUUGCUUAUAUGACGGGUCCCACCGUGAAGGGCAAUGUUACCUUCAUACAGAAUGGCUGCUCGGAGAAUGUUCAUGUGCACGUCUAUUUGACUGGAUUGGCACCGGGCAAGCACGGUUUCCACGUGCAUGAGAAAGGUGACUUGACCAAUGGCUGCACCAGCACUGGCGGACACUUUAAUCCCGAUAAGAUGGAUCAUGGUGCGCCUGGCGAUGAAGUGCGUCACGUUGGCGAUCUGGGCAAUGUGGAAGCCGCUGCGAAUGGUAUUGUCGACACCACUUUCACCGACCACCUGAUCAGCUUAACUGGCAAGCGCACCAUCAUCGGACGCGGUCUGGUUGUGCACGAAUUGACCGAUGACUUGGGCAAGGGCAACCAUCCCGAUUCGAAGAAGACAGGCAAUGCAGGCGGACGUUUGGCUUGCGGUGUCAUCGGUGUUAAGCAUAUUCCAGCCUCUGCCCCACGGGAGUGUCCAUUAUUCCAUUAAUUUUGAAAAAUUAAAUUUCGGCACCAGCAGCAUGUUAAGAACACAUAACGGUUAUUUUUUACAACAUACAACAAUUUUUUACUAGUUUAGUUUUCUAAUUGGAAUGACAUCAUUGGAAACUGAUAUUGAGCGACGAGGUUUUCAAACAGAAAUUAAAAGCUUUCAUAAGUAGAAAUUCACUUUUAUCUAUGGGAUGGCAAUAAUAUAUUUCAAUCGAUUAAUUAAUCCUAUGAAUAAUCGGGAGACAAAAAUGAUAAUCCACAUUAAUCGCGAUUAAUGUCAAAUAAUUAUUUUCACCCUUUUUUUUAAUGAUAUUAAAUUGUAUAAUAACUAUUUUCGAAAACUUCCUUGCUUACAACUUAAAUUUCUUUUUAACUCUUUUCAUAUAAAUAUCUUGGAAAUUGGCGUCGACUAACAUAAAACUAGAAUCAAGGCGCAUUCAUUAAAGGUGGUGGCAUUAGACCAACAACAAUGUGCUGUUCGUUUGAUUGUCAAAGUAAAGUAUUGGGAAACUAGAAAACAAAUAAUGAUUUCGCCUUGUUUCAUUCUUAACUGACAGCCACAUGGACACGGCGAAAGAAAAAAAAACAAAUCGGCUGAUUUACCGAUACCACCUUGAAUAGAUUUGCCUUGACUAGAGUUGUCAAUGUCAAUGAUAUUUAUUUAUUGUUCAACCACGUUUGCAGAAACAGUAACUUUGAUAACCGUUUUUUUGUGAAGUCGUUGCGUUUUUCAGUAGCCGUUGCUCCAGCUCUUGAAAAAAGUCCUCCGGCUGGUACUGAGAUACCUAUUAAAUGGCAAUAUUUUUUUGAAAGCUCGUAAAGGUUUGGGUAAACAGUUUUCAUUUCAUCCCAAAAGUCAAUAAUGUUGCGAUUUAGUUCUACGACUUGACAAUUUAAAUAAAAACUCAAAAACCAAUAUUUAGGACGAAAGUCUGAGCUACUAACGCCUAGUAAAAAUAUUCAUAAUUAUAUUUUUAAUAAAUAAAUAAAAACUCAUUUCAUCUUGCGGACGUGGAAGACGACCAUCCUUCCUUCUUCCUUUGUGUGAAGCCCAAAGGUCCAAAUCAUUCUCCAACGAUUCCACUGACUAAUCCGUACCAGUUUUCAUAUCAUCUGCAACUGUUAUUUCUGUACGCAGUAACUUCAUAGCCGAGGUCAACGAGAUUGAAUUUUUGCAAUGCAUUUUUUGAAUCUCGGGCUGAGUAGUGUUGCUGCAGCUACAAAAAUAAUAGUUCGAUGGAGCCAAAUCUAUCUUCACUCUGUUUUCAAACUUUUGAGCGGUUGACUGUUUAGCUGUUAUUCUAAAUGUAAUAUUUGUGGGCGACAACAGUGCACUGGUGGAAUUAGCUAACUUAACGUUACGCGUUUAGUCAUAGGCUCUUAAGGCAUCAAUACAUUUAGUAUGUCCAUUGUCAUCUUUCUCCCUUGAUGUUAUCAUUAUUGGAGCGUUAAAAUAGUUAAGCAAUAUUUGUCUUAUAUCAACAUAGUUUAACAAAACAUUCGAGCAUGUAACACAUGGGUUGAAAAGUGCCGAGCCUAACAAAGAAAACACGUCUUUUUUUGUUCAAAACUAGCUUUUGGUUGGUUGGUUGGUUAAAGUGGUGAUUCUUCCAGAAUCCAACUAGCGCUUCCGCACCAUUUUGUUGCCACAUCCUCGUUACCAAAUUGUUUAACAGUUACUUACAGCAAGACUAUAUCCAGUCUGUGCGGUUAAGGAACCUUAUUAGGUUGUUAACGUCUAAGCCAGAUAGUUGUUCGAGAUUUUCGAACAGCGGUUGGCCCAGGGUUAACAUUCUGUCCUUCCAUAGAGAAGGGCAUUCACAGAGGAAAUGGAAAAUUGUUUCCUUUUUCUCCGGUUGUUUACAACUGUGACAGUAUGUAUUGUGAGGGAUACCCAUUUUGGCUGCUUGUUCUCCGAUAGACCAAAAGCCAGUUAUGACUGCCAUUAGUCUCCAGGCAUCCCGUCGUUUAAUUCUUAUUAAUGCCGACGAUUGCUUGAGGUUGUAGGUGGGCCAUAACGUUCUGCUAAUUUUGCAUUUCGUCUGUACUUUCCACCUACAGUCCGCGACUCGGAGGUAUUAGCUUUAUCCAUCAAGUUGAACGCAAUUAUUCCAGCGUCGCUCUAACAUUUCAAUACCACUUUUGUAGAACGAUUUAUCUUUUGCCUUAAAAUAUGUUAGGCCUCAGUUUCAGCGAUAACCCCUCAUUCCAGCGAAAUUUUUUACCGACAAGCAUUUUUUAGGCCCGAGAACAGCCAGUAGUCGUUGGGAGCCCAACAUGGCGAAUACGAUGGAUAUAACAGCAACUUUAAUGCAUGUAGUUUUGCCAUUAUUUUGAUUGAAUUGUGACACGGAGCGUUGUCCUGCAAGUGAGCAAACGCGGCACCCAUUUUGAGCAGAGCUUUCUCAUAGUCAAAUGCUCAUCAAUAUAAAGCCAAAACUUCUUUUGAUAUCUUUACGAUGUCAGCUAACUCACGCAACUUCACUUUUCGAUCAUUCGAAACGAUUAUCGGAGCUUCUAGGACCACGUUUGAAGUCAGCUGACCAUCGUUUUAUUGUUGUUUCUGAUGGAGCGGAGUCCCCAUAACACUGUCCAAGCCCUUUUUUCCAUCAUGAAGCAGUGUAAAAUUAAAACACGAAAUUCUUUUUCAUCCAUUGUUUUGAAAAUAGCAAAAGUAGCGUCACUCUUAGCGCAAUAACUCGCGAACUAAUGAAUAUAAUAUCCCGAAAUUUUAACAACUAUCUCUUUAAGGUUAGCACUAACUGAAAAAGUGAUGAGUGCAAUAAAACUAGUGCCAUCCAUGUGCUAGGCCUGGGACUUUUCAGCCCAUGUGUUAGUUCGCAGAAAAAUACCCACGCCAUUUCUGUACGAAGAGCUCAAAAUAAACCGCUGUUUCACCCAAGUGUGUAUGCAAUGCUGCUAAGCACUCUCUCUCUCAAUUAGCGGUGGACCAUAGCUUCAUCAACACUCCUCUUGCCAAUCACUCUCUCUCUCUCUCUCUCUCUCUCUCUCUCUUAGCUUCAUGGACUGUGGUGGACCAUAGCUUCAUCAACACUCCUCUUGCCAAGCACUCAGUAACUAUUACGCUUUAAACUGUUUUUACACUCAGAGUUGAAUAAUUCGAGGAAUUUUGCUAAUUUUUUUUUGCAAUUAUUUUUUACGCGAUUAAAAUCGAUUAAUCAAAAGUAAUGCAAGGAUGCAAUUAAAUCGUAAAAUGGAUGAAAAUAAUUGAUUAAUUAAAUCAAAUCAUUAAUCGUUGCCAUCUCUACCGACAACUAACAACUGCUUUGACAAAAGAAAUUUAUAUCUAACCUAACUGUAAAAAAACACCCUUUAUCAGCAUAAUUUUAGGUACUAGCAUAGUUUUUGCUCUUAUAAAAUUGCAAAAAAAAACAAAUCCUUUUCGAUCCGAGACCAAUAAUAUUUAUUCACAUGAACUUAUAAUAAAAUAAUUAAAGCACUAAACUUUGCUUAAAGUAGA